AUGUCGUGGCGCAACCAGGGCAUCACGGGUUCUAACAACAUACCUCUAGGUACUCGCCGUCGUUUCGGCGGUGGUGAUGAUGAUGGCGGUUACAACCCGUCUGCGCCCGCCGAGGGUUUGUCGGAGUUGAAGCGCGGCCGCAGCCCUGAGCGCAACUCUUCCGACGGUCCGCGACAACGCAAGAAGCGUAAUCGAUGGGGUGAUGCGAGCGAGAACAAGGCGGCUGGCUUGAUGGGCCUGCCUACUGCUAUCUACGCGGCCAUGACUACCGAGCAGCUUGACGCGUAUACCCUGCAUCUGCGUAUCGAGGAGAUCACCCAGAAGUUGAAGAUUAACGAUGUCGUCCCAGCGGACGGCGACAGGUCUCCCUCGCCCCCACCCCAGUAUGACAACUUUGGUCGCCGUGUCAACACUCGCGAGUUCCGCUACCGCAAGCGCCUCGAAGACGAGCGCCACAAGCUCGUUGAGAAGGCGAUGAAGACGCUUCCUAACUACCACCCACCUGCCGAUUACAGGCGGCCCACUAAGACACAGGAGAAAGUCUACGUUCCGGUCAAUGACUACCCGGAGAUUAACUUCAUUGGUCUACUUAUUGGCCCCCGUGGAAAUACCCUCAAGAAGAUGGAGACGGAAUCCCAGGCAAAGAUUGCCAUUCGUGGCAAAGGCUCUGUCAAGGAGGGUAAAGGACGCUCUGACGCAGCUCAUACCAGCAAUCAGGAAGAAGACCUGCAUUGCUUGAUCAUGGCCGAUACCGAGGAGAAGGUCAACAAGGCCAAGAAGCUUAUCCAUAACGUCAUUGAGACUGCUGCUUCUAUCCCUGAAGGCCAGAACGAACUCAAGCGCAACCAGCUUCGUGAGCUUGCCGCCCUCAACGGUACCCUUCGUGACGACGAGAACCAGGCCUGCCAGAACUGUGGUGAGAUUGGUCAUCGCAAGUACGAUUGUCCACAGAAGCAAAACUUCACGGCCAGCAUCAUCUGCCGUGUCUGUGGUCAAGCUGGUCACAUGGCUCGCGAUUGUCCCGACCGCAAAGUCGGUCAGCCCUGGCGCAACGACAACCGUUUCGGCGACCGCGGUCAGCCAGCUCGUAUUGGCGGUGCCCCAGAGAACGAGCUCGACGCAUUUAUGGCCGAGAUGGGAGGCGCUGGUGGCCAGCCUCGCGCGGCGAUCGAAUACAACGGCAACGGCGCUGCUGGCGGAGACAACUACGGUGGAGGCGAGCGCACCCUCAAGCCAUGGGAGCGUGGUCCCACUGGAGGCUCUGCACCUUGGGCGCGUGAUGGCGACGACCGUGGUCGAGGCGACAGUAGCUCGGCCGCUCCUCCGCCUUGGGCUGGUGGCGGCGGCCGUGGUGGUCAAUCCUACGAUCAAGGCUACGGUGCUGGUAAUGGUGCGGCUCCCUGGGCUUCUGCUGCUCCCACUGCUCCUGCAGCAGGAGCUGGUUAUGGAUAUGGUGGUUAUGGCUACGACCAGAACGCUGGUAUGGGUGCUCCUGGUGCCUAUGGUGCUCCUGGUUACGGUGCUCCCCCACCUCCUGCUGGUCCUCCUCCUGGCCUUGGUCCUCUCUUCCAGACGUACGGAUCUGCCGGCAGCCCGCCACCACCUCCACCACCACCGUCUGGUUCCGUGCCGCCACCGCCUCCUCCAGGCGAGGCCCCUCCACCUCCGCCGCCCAGCGAUGUCCCUCCGCCGCCGCCGCCGCCUCCGGCUUAG